AUAUAUUAUAAAUAUGAAAGUUUACCAAAAGCUUUUUAGAGCAGGAUCUAACAGGACUGUGAACCAACUCACAACUAAACCUGCCAGAACAUUUGCAGGUGGUGGCAAGAUCGAAAAGAUGCCGAAGGAUGCCACUGAGUUCGAUAUUUGUAUUGUUGGUGGGCUCAAUGGUACUGCACUCACAAAGUUCCUCCAGAAUGAGGGUAAGGGACUCAAGAUGGCCAUCAUUACUGACAGGUCCAAGUUCAUUAUUCCUGAACUGUACUUCUUGUCAUCUCAUGAUGCUGUCAAGUCACUGAAAUUGGAGUCAGGAAGUGUGGCUUCACAAGUCAAUGCUGCAUCCAGAGUUGAUGCCAACUUGAGAGCAACCAAAAUUGACCCCGAAGCCAACAAAAUCAGCAUCUCCAAUGGCAAAGAGUACACAUACAAAGCUCUGGUGUAUGCUCCAGGCUUCGACCACACUGUAGACAACCUGCCAGGUCUGAGAGAGUUCGAAGACGCAGGAGACCAGACCAAUGUCUUCAGUCAUAUCCCAGACAAGAUUGACAGGCUCGAUAGAAACUAUUACCACGGGUUCCAGCAGUACGGAGGAGACUAUAUUGUCUACGACCCAGCCAGGCCAUACAAAGACGAAGGGUCCAACUUCUAUGCAUUCUACUACGAGUACAUCCUGAAGCAAGACAGUUUGCAUGGAAGAGCUGCCAGAAACGCCAGAGUGCAGUACUGGACUCCAAACAAGUCGAUCUUCGACUUCGACUACGCCAACGAAGUUGUCAUGGAUGACUGUCACAAGAGAGGCAUUGAUGUCAUGCUCGGAUGGGACUUGAAGCAAGUCAAGUACAAUGAGUACGGAGAGAAAAUUGGAGUUUUUGAGAAUGUAGACUCAGGCGAAACUAUCGAGAAAGAUUUCAUGGGCAUGUCCAUCAACCCACCUCAGAAGCCACAGAAAGAAGCUGUGGAGAGCGGACUCACCGACAAGAACGGACUCAUCGAUGUCAACCCAUACACUUUGCAACAUAGAAAGUAUGAGAAUGUGUUUGCUUUCGGAUCUGCAGCCAAUAUCCCAACAACGAGAUCUGCUCACGCCACAAUGGCUCAGAGUCCUGUUGUCAAGCACAACGUCCAGAGAUACUUGAAGGGCCAGAGCUUGAACGCGAUCUACGAUGGAUACACAUACAUGCCUUUGUUGUUGGGCCAGACGACUGCCACAUCGUUCCAGCACUACUACGACUUCGAGCCUCACCCGAAGAACCACAUGAGUCCACACCACGGUGUUUUCGGAAGACUCUACUUCAAAUACUUGCUGAGAAAUUUAGUGGGUACAUCCAGCAAGUACUCUGGCUUCAAGCAGAACUAUGGGCCUCCAUACUGGCACUUCAACCCUAGAUACGACGAGGUCGAGCACAACGAGUAUUUGCAGAGGAAGGGACUGGACAAGAAGGCCACCGGUCAACUGGCUUAG